CCAAAUGGUUUGGUCACCGCCAAGAGAGAGAAAGAGAAGAGAGAGAAAGAGAAAGGUGUUAUGUUCAACUUCAAACGAACUUUAGUCUACUCCUCUCUAUUGAGCUCUCCACCGUCUCCAUGCCUCAAGAUCUUCCCGGGUUUUACUAUGAUGCGGAGAAGAACAGGUACUUCCCUUGUAAGGGUCCAAUACCUGGUUCUGCUUCUACUUCUUCUUCUAAAUCUUCUACCAAACCAGUACCAAGGGAGAUAAAGUUUAGUAGGAAAAAUGAAGUGAGAACUUCUAAGCUGCUUCAUGUUAGGGAGUUAUUUGGUAAUCUCAUUUCUUCAAAAAAAGGAAAAUGCAACUUUAAGGAGGAAUUCAGGAAAACUCGAGCAUCACAUCCUAAGGUUUGGAAAUAUUUUGGAACAGAGAAGAUAGGCGAUUCUGCUUUGGAACGGAUAAAUGUUGAUGUGCAAUUGUUAGAGGGUCAAACCAAAACAGAUGUUUUAUUGGCAGGCGGGAUAAAUGGAUCUCUAAGUUUUUCUGAUGUGGGAAAGGCUCGACAACAAUCCGAUGGUCUACAAAGCAUUCCAUACUGCGUGUGGCCAAUCACCAGAGGAGAAGAAACUAAGUGUAGUGUGUCCCCCGAACAUAUAUGGAGAGAGACGGGAGCUUCAUUACUUAUGUCAUCUAAUAUAUCGUGCAUAAAAACUUUUAGAAAGAACUCUUCGUCGGCCAUGGAAGAUGGUGGGAGUGUCCAGCACGCAAUGAUAUCUACUUUGGGAUCAGAGAGACAUGGUGGAUCUCUUUGUAUUAUUAAUCUAAGUGAACCCUUGGAGUUCGAUCAUGCAGCUCUUUUCAUAAGACGGAGGAUACAAGAGAUUGCAAAUUUUAAUUGUACCAUAUGGACUGCAGAUUGUGGAUCUAAUAAAAAUCGAGUUGUGAUUGGAACCAAUAUGGGGGCUGCUUUGGUAGAUCCCGAAACAGGAGGGACAUCAUGGGUGUUACGCAGUAAAAGUGAUGUUUUGGCGCAGCAACUUGUUCACUCGGGAAAUGUUGUACUAUGUGGACUUAGAAAUGGAGCAGUUAUUUCUGUUGAUGUUCGUGAGAAACGGGAAGGAUCUGGCAGGCUUGUCAGACAUAGAAUUUCACAACUUCCUUUGAAUAGCACUACCGCAAAAUCAAGCAAACGAUGGUUUAAGCUUUCUGGAAAUUUGUAUCCUUCUCACACAAUUCAGUUGCCUUCAUCAAUCUCCUGUUUGGUAUCACUUCAAUAUGAUGAUCAAUACUUCUUGGCAAGCUCCAUGGACGGCUCGGUGAAGCUUUACGACCAUCGCCUUUGCCAAAGAGGUGCUGUACAAUCAUACGAGGGACAUGUAAAUUCUCACACUCGAAUACAGCUCGGUGUUGAUCCAUCCGAGAGAUUCAUUAUGUCAGGAGGAGAAGACUGCUACUUACGAAUAUGGAGUAUCAAGUCCGGUGAACUACUUUUCCGAGAUAAAUUCUCGAGCACCAUCCUCUCAACCGUUUCAUGGCAGAGGAGAGAAGAACUGAAGCCCUAUACGGGACUCACAGGCGAAACAAAUACCGCUACAGAUUACCACGAAGAACAGAGUUCAAGCAUAGGAGCAUCGGCAUGGCUUGGAUCACAGGAAGGACUGUUUUCAAUGCAAUGGCCAUAACUGUAAAAGCUCUCUCAAGAAUUUAAUGCCAUUACAUUUGCUUUCAUCGAGUCGAGAAAAGCUUCUGCCGAGUUUGUAAGGAGCUCGACUCGGCCUCGAUUCGGGCUAGUGCAGGAAGCUAAGGAUAGGAGCAGUAGUAAAAGAGUAAAAACUAAAAUGAUAUUUACAGUAGGAAAUAGUUUUCUUUUCUUAAAAAAAAAUAUUUUAGUUUUUAAUGUUUAGUCAGUUUUGGUUGAGUAAAGCAUAGUGAUUUUGUAAAUGGAAUAUUGUUUUAAUUCUCUUUUUUUUUAGGAAAAAGGAAAAAAGAGAAGGAAAUUGUGUACAAGAGAGAUGUUCCACAUUUUUGGUUAGUUUUUUUGAUUUUUCAUUUACGAUUGAUUAAAAGUUAACAAUUUUACAUAAAAAUUAUUAAAUUAAAAUAAAAUAUUAUAUAUUAAUUACAAUUUU